CGGAGUAUUUCUUUAACAAUUCAUCCAUGGAGAAGAAGCAACAAGACUCAUUAUUCACAAAACUACAUGUAUUAUCAAUUAUCCUUGUCAUAGUAACACUCUUUGAAUUCGGACAUGGUGAAAAUAAAAGAGAUCAAGUCCGGAUGCUAAUGUCAUUGCAGCAUGCUAAAAUGUAUCCUCAACACUUCUUUGAGAAUUCUAAGCCAUGGGCAGAGGCAAAUUUUACAGAUGUAGACGAAGGCGAUGAAGAUAUGGAAUCCUUUUCAGAAGUGGAGAGAAGAACAAAAGAAGAAGAUCUGAUUCUGGGCGGCCUUCCCGGGCAGCCUCCAUCAAGUUUCAAGCAAUAUGGAGGCUAUGUGAAUGUGGACAAAAGGAAUGGCAGAAGCCUUUUCUAUUACUUUGUUGAAUCUGUUGACAGUCCUGACACCAAGCCUCUUAUUCUCUGGCUUAAUGGAGGUCCUGGUUGUUCAUCACUUGGGAUGGGUGCCUUUGUAGAGCUUGGACCUUUUGGCGUCAACCCUGAUGGAAAAACCCUCUACCCUAGAAGAUAUGCGUGGAAUAAAGUUGCAAAUGUGUCAUUUCUGGAGUCACCUGCGGGGGUUGGUUUCUCUUAUUCCAAUACGUCCGCCGAUUAUGGAAAGUCGGGAGACAAGAAAACUGCGCAAGAUUCCUACAAGUUCAUAGUAAAUUGGUUCAAGAGAUACCCACAAUACAAGGCCAGAAGUUUAUAUAUCGCUGGAGAAAGCUAUGCAGGAUUCUACAUCCCAGAGCUUGCCGACCUAAUUGUCAAUAGGAAUAACUUGCGCAAGACCACCUUAACGAUCCAACUGAAGGGUAUUAUGUGGCGACCAAGAUGCGGUGGUUUCAGUGACUGCAACCCGGUAUUCCCUCAAAGCUAUGAACUUGACAGUGAUAAAGCCUUGGCAUCCAUGGCAGGACGGCACCAAAGAAGUAGGCCUCAAAUCAAAUUAAACCCCUCUUUAAUUGAUGCUUCCUAUCACAAAACCAAUGAUUUAGCUUAAAUUCAGCUUGAUGGGUUGAUGCUAAUUUUCCAGGUUGGUGGAUAUAAGGUGGUUUAUGAUGGUUUAACAUUCGCCACAGUUAGAGGAGCUGGGCAUCAAGUUCCACAGUUUCAACCGCGUAGAGCUUUUGCCUUGCUUCAGAUGUUCCUGGCCAACAAUCACCACUAAGUUCAUAUCUUCUUUCAACCGAGACGGAUCUUGUUCAUUAUUCAUGUCGAUGGCGACAAGCAACGAAUCUGGACUAGCAUCUUGGCCAGAUUACUUUCAGCAUAAUUAGUUUCUUCUCCUAGUUUCUUCUCCUUUUGUCAAAUAGUUGUACUGAUCAUGUAUGUAGUUCAUGUAUAUCCUAAUAUCCUUGAAAAUAAUAACACGAUCAGAGGAAAAAUGAUAGUUAUCAAUUA